CACCUUGAUGUGUUUCUGGCCCUGGUGCAGAGAAACGAACAGGCCUUGCUUCCCGGACAGCUCUGGGGUUUGCCUGGAGCUGGGACCGCGCGUUUGGCUGACAGCCGUGCGAGAUCAGGAAAAGGCUCUUCCUGCCCCCCCGCCCCACUGCCCCCCAUAAAUAGCCCGGGAGCCGCCGAGCGCCGCACACCGAGCCGGGAUCCUGUGCUGCACGCCCCGGGGCGCUCCGCCAGCACCAUGUUCUCCAGCCGCGUGGAGGGAGCCCGCAGGGGACGGUCCUUCGACUCCAUGAACGCCAGCUUCGAGGAGAACCAGCUGAACGAGUUAAAUAAGUCGAACUACACAAUGAUUGAAGAUAAUAAAGAGAACAAAGACAAUUCAACUGGAAGAGGUAGAGCAGCUGUCAUUUUUUCCUUAAAGAAUGAAGUUGGAGGACUUGUAAAAGCACUAAAACUCUUUCAGGAGAAACAUGUGAAUCUGAUGCACAUUGAGUCCCGAAAGUCAAGGCGAAGAAAUUCAGAGUUUGAGAUCUUUGUGGACUGCGAUAGCAAUGUGGAACAACUGAAUGAGAUCUUCCAUCUGCUGAAAUCCCACGUCAAUAUUGUAUCUGAGAACCCCACAGAUAAUAUCACUAUGCAGGAGGAUGACAUGGAGAAUAUUCCCUGGUUUCCUAAGAAGAUCUCAGAUUUGGAUAAAUGUGCGAACCGUGUUUUGAUGUAUGGAUCUGAAUUGGAUGCCGACCAUCCAGGUUUCAAAGACAAUGUCUACCGUAAGAGGCGCAAGUAUUUUGCCGACCUAGCUAUGAACUACAAACAUGGUGACCCAAUCCCCAAGAUUGAAUUCACCGAGGAGGAGAUCAAGACUUGGCGCACUGUAUUCCGAGAGCUCAACAAGCUCUAUCCAACUCAUGCCUGCAGAGAGUACCUUAAAAACUUACCCUUACUCACCAAAUACUGUGGAUACAGAGAAGACAACAUCCCCCAGCUGGAAGAUAUAUCACGCUUCCUGAAAGAGCGCACGGGUUUCACCGUCCGCCCAGUUGCUGGAUAUUUGUCACCCAGAGAUUUCUUGGCAGGCUUAGCAUUCAGAGUUUUUCACUGCACUCAGUAUAUUAGGCACAGCUCGGAACCUCUCUACACCCCAGAGCCUGACACCUGUCACGAGCUCCUGGGUCAUGUUCCGCUGUUGGCUGAACCCAGUUUUGCUCAGUUCUCCCAGGAGAUUGGUCUGGCAUCACUUGGGGCAUCAGAUGAGGCUGUUCAAAAACUGGCAACAUGCUACUUCUUCACUGUGGAGUUUGGUUUGUGUAAGCAAGAGGGACAGCUAAGAGUCUAUGGGGCUGGUUUACUUUCUUCCAUCAGUGAGCUCAAGCAUGCUCUUUCUGGCAAUGCCAAAGUCAAGCCCUUCGAUCCAAAGGUGACCUGCAAGCAAGAAUGCAUCAUCACAACUUUCCAGGAUGUCUACUUUGUUUCUGAAAGUUUUGAAGAAGCAAAGGAAAAGAUGAGAGAGUUUGCAAAAACAAUCAAGCGCCCAUUUGGAGUAAAGUACAACCCUUACACACAAAGCAUGCAGAUCCUAAAAGACACCAAGAGCAUCGCCAGCAUGGUGAAUGAGCUGCGUCAUGACCUGGAUAUCAUCAAUGAUGCCCUCAACAAAAUGGGCAAGGAACUGGGCAUCUAACAUGGCCAAUAAUCAUCAGCACUUUGCACUCAUCAUCUCUGUUGAUUUUUCCUGUUCUAGGCCUGAAGAUACCUGUUAGGUGCUAUACAUAGAAACCUCCUUUCUAAUAAGAGAAGAAUGAAUGACUAGUGGAGAUAGUUACUUUAAAGUUAAUGUUUCUCUACUUAACACACUUUGACCUUGCAAAAUGUUUGUGACCCCUCUAAAUUCUCCCCUGCCCCAAACCAAUCAGGAAAUAAAUGGGGUGCAUUCAUCCUUGAGAAAUCAUCACACUGGAUCAGAACAGUGGUCUAGUCUAGUAUCCUGACAGUAGCCAGGGCCAGCUGCAUCAGAGGAAGGUGCAGGAAACUCUGUGGUAGACAGCAAUUAGAUAAUUUACCCCAGGGAAAAUUUUCCUCAUAAUUCCCAACACUAUGAAGUUGGUUUAUGACAAAUCCUGGCUUAGGGCCUUCAGUACCUCAAAGUUCACUAGGAGAAAGUUGCCUUCCCCCCAGUUGGAGGAGCAUACUGAUCUGGGAAAUGAUGUGACUGGGAGAUGUACUGAUUCUGAAUAUUCCUAUCCAGUGGUUGCCUCUCUUUGCAACAUAAAGCUGCUGAAUGCAAUCCUGACUCCACUGAAGUCAAGGGGAACUUUGUUAUUGACUUUAAUGGGGACAAGAUUUCACCUACUUGUCCCUGGAGUAGCAUUUGAGGGUGGGCAAUAUGGGUAACAUCACGUGCCCUCUGCCGUAUGGAACGAAUCCUUCCAAGAUCACAGCAAGCCUUGCUAGUACAGGGAGCUGCAGUUUAUACCUCUCUACGCCAGCUGUGGAGAACAUAGACCAAUGUCUAAAAACAUUUUGAAAUGGCAUUUCAGUAUCCACCAUAGUAUCAUUACAAAGGUGAGGAAGCCCAGUUCUUUCAAAUAGCCAUUGUCUAAUAUGAGUUUACAUGGAAAAUAAAAGUCCCCCUGAUUAUUCAUUCUCAUCAUUGAUCUUUCAAAACGUGAAGUGAUACAUCCCAGUUCUCUUCUGUAGGGCCUGCUCCUGAGGGACACUGAACAGCUUCCCAUUGAGGCCAAUGGGACUUAAGGGAUCUGUUUGUGGCAAGAUGAAUCCCUAAGUCUUUGUAGCUCAUAGUUAUGUUCAAAUAUACUGUAAUGAAAAAGAAAUCUGUUAUCUUCUGAAUAGCAUUCUGCUGAUGUGGAAAGCAAAGUCAUGUUGAAUUGGUAACAUUAAACAGUAGUGAGCUCUCCAGUUUUGUGAGCAUUCAAGCACUGAUGUCAAAGGCAAAACUCCCAUUGAUUUAAAUGCAACUAGAAUUUCAUCCUUGGAUUCCUAAGAACAGAGAGUAAGUAAGGUUUAAAUAUCAUGAAUGGUCCUACUGGCCCUCUGCACAGUGGUGAAUUUUAUCCCAAUAGACUAUAAGGGCCAUAUACAUAAUGAACAGCCUAAAAUAUUCUGUAUUAAGAGAGACCCAAUUUUUGGAUUUUUUCCUUUUUAAAAUGAAAUUUGGAGGGUUAAUACUCUUUUUACUAGCAUGAGAUUACUCCUAUAAUUUUUUUCUUUUACAUUUAGGACAGUCAGACUAUAUAUUUUUAUAAAAAUUAGCUUUGCAUCUUAAAAUAGUCUUUGGGAACUUCAUGUUUUUAACGAAGAAUCUAUUCAGUUUAAAUAAGUGAUUAAUGUGGAUUGAUUUUGUUUGCUUGUGUAGUAAUGGUUAGAGCUAAGUUUUUUUUUAAGUAUAGGAUUUUUAAAAUUUCAGAUAAUAAGCAGAAGAUGUGAUAAGCGGUACUUCAAAUCUUAAAUCUGUAUUGUGUAAAAUUUCAAUAGAAAACAUUGGACCUAUUAAUGUCUGCUUAGUACCUAGAUUUAAUAAUUCUGGUGUUAUUCUGUGAAGAGGAAAUUCUGUCUAUAUUAUAUGGUACAAAUAUAGGAAACAAAAUGUUAAGAGUAAAAUAUUAAAGUGAUGUUUUUUCAGAGAAUAACAUAAUUUAUAUUUGGUUUUUAUCAUGCCAAACCUGCUGACUAUGUAAAACAUUAAUAUAGACAGUUUAAUGAUGAUAAAAUGAAAACUACUGAAUUGUUAAGAUGAAAAUCAAUGUAUAACCAAAAACUACUAACUCUACAGCCUAGCAAUAAACAUGUUUA